UGCAUUCGUUCAGCGGCGCGGCGGCAACGCAGGCACGCACCAGCCGCAGACGUCCAGAACGAUUUAUUCAGUUGAAUGUAGUUUUGGCUGGCUUGCAACCGCUGCUGCGCCCGCCUAGUUCCAUAAAACAAGUUCUAGAUUCACAUUGAAAAACUAAAACUAAAUGCACAGCGUGAACUUAUCUCAGUGAAUCACUACUACGACGGCGGCGGACUUUAGGUUAGUUCGGUGCAAGCUGAAAUGUGUCGUCGGGGCAGUGGGUGCGUAAUGAGUGUUGUCCUGUUACACCUCUAACAAAUCGCCAAUUAGAUUAUAACAUCCAUGCAUUAUUCCCCGUUUCGCCGGGGUUGUGUGAUUGUCGAUUAUCUGUAGCAUUCCGCAUCGUGCUGAAAGGGCACGCUCAGCUGAUGUCAUUGGGCAGGGAAAUAGAAAAUGAAUCAAGAUGUAGAACUAAAUGAUCAGAAGGUGAAACCUGCUGCUCAAGAACCACCAAAAGUGGACCUUGACUUCAUCUCAGCCAUCAGUGACAGGCAGCUGGGAUUCACAAAAAAGAACUACUUUUCAUCCACACAGAUAUCAUCAACAGCUGAAGAUGAGCUGGUCAAGAAGCAAUUUAAGGAGAAGCACUGUGAGUUGCCUGGAGUGCCAAGGUCUACAUUCCUCAUGGAAUUCAGUCCUGAUGGCACCAAAGUAGCCUCAACUCAUGGUAACCAUCAGAUUUACGUUACUGAUGUCCGAACUGGUAAACACAUCAAAACACUGAUUGGACAUCCUAGGACACCUUGGUGCAUUGUUUUUCAUCCAACUUCCAAUCAGAUCAUUGCUUCUGGUUGCCUAGGUGGUCAAGUCAGAAUCUGGGACUUAAGUGGUGGAAGUGAAGUAUGGACUUCCGAAACACCUUCGGUGAUAGCUUCGAUUGCUUUCCAUCCCGAUGAUCGUUUAUUAGUAAUCGCAACGCUGAAUGAACUGUUUUUCUGGGAUUGGAGCAAACCGGAGCCGUUCAUGCGCGUGUCCACCGCCAGCGUGAAAGAAAAAGUGCGUUACGUGGCUUUUGAUAAAUUGGGUCAUAAAUUAAUCACGGGUAUUACAAACUCGCCGCAAACACGAUGGGAGAGAGUGAGCCAUGUUCCCGUUUCGGUUUCGAUGGCUGUCCCGCCUAUGCCAAUGCCCAUGCCUGCUGCACCUAUGCCGAUGCCUAUGCGUGGACCUUGCCCCAGAAGGCUUGCGAGAAGAAUUGUUGCUCCGAGAUUCAAUUGGCCUGCAUUUAACAAUAACAAUAAUAAUACCACUAAUAACAAUGUUAAUAAUACCGAACCUACGGUUUCGACAGCUUCAAACACAAAUCCCGAACCAUUGUCGAGUGUACCAGCACGCGAAAGAAGAAUCACAAGCUGCUACCGGGAGCUGGUACAUCAAUAUGAAGUACUGGUGCAUCGUUACCUCCAAAUUUACAGGCGACCCAUUAUGAUUGACCAAGGAACUGAUCCCAUGGAAGUUGAGAGCAAUAAUCAAUCAUCCAGCGCGCCGAAUAACACUACAACUCGUCCGGAUUCACCAAUACCAUCAACUAGUGGUAUCCAGAGACCACGAAAGUCCAGCGCGGCGCAUCCACCAAAAAAUCGCCAUCGGCGGUUAUUAUUUCACACUGACAGCGGCGGAAGCAGUUCUAGUUCUUCUCAGGAGGAUGACAAGGGUAAAACAUCGGGUGGUACGCAGACAGGUGAUACGCGACGAUCAAACUCAAUUGAUACGAAAUCGCUUGAGAAAAUGCCAAGUUCUUCUUCUUCGUCUGACGAUGAUGAAGAUAUGGGUAAUUCAUUGUUUAGGCGUACAGAUGCGGCCAAGACUGCUGAUACUCAAACUUCUGUAUCUUCUUCUUCUAAAAGUAAUAAUAAUGUUGGUAAUUCUUCCGAGGUGAGACAAUUCACACCAGCAAGACAACUAAAGUUGAAAAAGACUCAACCUGCGGAGAAAACAGCCGAAACAUCAACAACAACUGAUGGGAAUGUUGAGGAACCAAAGUAUAAAAUGCGAAUUAAAUGUUUUGUUACUCCUCCUUGCGAUUCUGAAGCAGGUACAUCAAGUAGUACAACUACUCAACCCGUUUCUCAGUCUGCACCUGAAUCAAGCUCGGUGAAUACAUCUACGACUGCGUCGGCGCCCGCUCCUGCUCCUGCACGUAAAGACGACAUUAAUCAUUUGAUUAACAAUGCGAAAAUGAUGUUGGCGCAGUUUCGGAAAACUCUGCAACAACAAGGAUUGCAGGUGCGCGGUGUUGAUCUUCCUGACUUACCAACGCCAUCAUCAUCCAUGACUCAGCCUGGACCUUCAAAUAAACCAUCAAAGGGGACCAAUACCAACGAACUGGAACCUCCACCGAAGCGGAAACGACGCCUAUUGAGACCCAAUCUUCUCGGUAACAUUUUGUUUACUUCAUCAGAUGAUAGCAGUUCGGAUGAAUUAACUGAAACUCCUGUGAUUUCUCUUCCGCCUGUACCUCCUCCACCACCACCUCCGCCUCCCUUACCUCCUUUAUCACCACUUCCUCCUCUUUCACCUCUUCCUUUACCUUCUCUUUGCCUUAUACCUCCAACAACAACAGAACAUUCCUAUGCGACGAGAAAAAGACGUUUCCCGGCGUAUACGGAGCGUUCUAAUACCUUUAAUUCGGUGGACGAUUCAAGCUCAUCUACAUCACCAUUAUCAUUAAGGAAUGAUGACAAUGAAGGCCCUUCAACCCGUAAGAGACGUUUAUUAUCACGAACUGAACUUGACACUGGAGAAGUUGUACCUGUGGAACCUACAACAACCACAACUUCAGUGACAACUCCUUCUACUUCUACAACCACAACAACGGCAACCAGUACAUCUGGCUCGCAGGCUUCGACCUGGAUGGAUCGCCAUAUGCAGCGUCUAGUAGUCGAGUCUUUGUCGGUAUUAGAUGAACCAUCAACUUCAGAAAACGCGAGCGUUUCUAGUAAUACAUCAACAACUGCACUUGCAGGCGAUAAUCAAGACGAUCGCGAGUCUGCAUGUGGUUCAUGCGGUGGGCAAAUGGAAGGUACUGGAGAGGGAUGUGCUCGUACAGCAACAGUUUGCAGUCGUCUUCAUCCUUCGAGAACAGACCCGAAUGCCAAUUCCAACUCAAACUCGGCUACAGUGCCGCCAACAACUCCUCCUUUAGAUAGAGCACGACGUCGGUUCUUAUCACAUCGUUUGUCCGCGUUCUAUCCUACUAGAUUAUUGAGUAGAAUGUUGAGAGAUCGUUCUGGAGGUCCAUCUUUAUCCUCCCGACGAGAGAGUCUCAGGCGGAUGAAUUUCGCACAGGAUGAAGUUAUAAACUUUUCGGAACGUGAUGGUGAAGAAGCUCCAGCAACUGGUUCCACAUCCACGCGAAGUUAUCAUCCGUUUGAUCCACCACCAGAGAUGAUGUCGAUUAAUCCAGAGAACAUUGGUAUUGGUAGUAUGUAUUCAAACAUUGUUCAGGAACUAGAAUCUAGUUUGAAUGAUGUGAGGAAUAUUCGCUUCCGACUUGGCGAGAUGUCUGAUAUGCUUAGCAAUUUCUCUGAUCGUUUGGAGAAUAUCAUGACUCAGUCAAACACGAUAUUGAGAAAUUUGAGUAGUUCUCUUGAGGAUCUACCUGCGAAUGAUCCUGAAGCGCCUGCACAACCAUCUCAACCCAACCAAAGACCAGCGCAGAGUCCCGCGGACGCUUCAUCAUAUUCACUUAGUCUUGAGGAUCUAAUGCAAUCGUGGAUUCGCACGUAUAGAAAUCCAUACGCGCCAAACAACUCGAAUAAUCCUGUAAACUCAGAUCAUACUUAUCCGAUUAACCCGGAAGCGACUCAAAAUGCGACGCUUUCUCCCUUACAUCUCUCACUGCAACUUACAGUGAUUCACAUUCAGCGACAAGCUAGAUUAUUGCGGCAACAAGUCGAAAGUAUUGAGCGUAUUGAUAGAGCUAUGAUUGAAGUUGCACAAUUGCAGAUGAUGCGUCAAAUGUUUGAUGAAUUGCAUGUGCACUUCGGGGCGAAUUCUGCAUCUACUGAAAAUCGCAGCGGGGUAUCAAGUGUGAGGGAGAUGAUGGCUGGUACAAGAAUCAGCGAUUACAGCCCGUACGAUUCUCCUAGUGAUGAUGGAAACAACAAUACUUCUAAUAACAACGCUAAUAAUACCAAUGAUAAUGCUACAAGCGUAAAUAUUGAAUCUCAACCAUCGACGAGCGGCUCCACAACAGCAACCGCUGGCACUUCUGAACCAGCUAGUAAUUCAACAUCAACACAAAAUACUCAAUCGAAUCGCGCGCGUUCCCGGAAGAAUUACCCGCGGUGUUUAUUUCUCAUGCAUAGGCAAUAUCGCCGAACGGGUAACAGUGCCCUGAGCGCACGCAGAAACGCAGCUAAAGACCGUGUUCUUCUUAGAAGAAAUAUCUAUCGACGAUUUUUACCGUCGAGGACCACAAACAGAGCCACUAUUGAUUUGUCGACGCAUCGAGGACGAGGAUCUUUGAAUUUAUUCAAUCCGGAUACUUUACCGUCAAUGACACGUAGAGUUGAGCAUUAUUUGAUGGAACAUUGUCGUUAUAUAGGAAGAUCUGUCAUUCCACCUACGUCUGGAAGUGGUACACGAAGUGAUAUGGGCGAGCAUGUGAUGACUUUGCGAUUGAACAACUGCCGAAUGCGCAUGAAUCAUUUAAUGGGUAACUUUCAACUGGAGAAUAACGUGACAAGUGUUACCGCGGAUGGUACAUCACGGUUUGCAGCCAGACAAGCUCUAAGUUACACUUUGGAUAUUCUGACGAGAUUUAUCGAAGUCAAUCCGAAUGUCAACAUUGCUUCCUCGACGUUUCGCUCGCAGAUUUGGGAAGUGAUUGAAUUAUCACUGCUUUUAUCCGAGUUGUUGCUCCUGCAGAUUGUUGACUCUAUUCCUCCGCCAAGCGGAAUGAAUUUGGACCCGAGGGAGAAUCUCUCAAUGCGUAUUGAUCAAAUGUGUACCAGGAUGAUCCAAAGUCGAUUGAUGGGUCAGUCGAGUCAACUUACGAGGAGUUUGCGUUUGAUGAGAUUAACUGUUCGACAUGCCAGUCUUGCUCUGGGCCAGACUUAUACUCAAAGGAGGAAUGCUAUGUUGCCUACCAACAAUGACAACGACCGGGGUGAUAGUCGGCAAGGUCUGCUUGAUGAUAUUCACAAUUGUCUUAGAAACAUUCGCCGUUAUAGGGAAUUAACAACCGAUAGACCCGAUGAUGAUUCCAACUUUGGUGAUUGGUACAGAACUAUCAAUGACCUGAUCAGCAGGUAUACUUCCUCGGGGAGCAAUGACAAUCCUGGGCCUUCUACCUCUUCACAGCGGCAGGAAAGCAACAACACGUCGGUGCUAAAUAACGAAACUGGUGAGGAAAUUCGCCCGUCUGUGACUGUCGAAGAUGCGAACAGCAGCGAUGAUAAUUCGAAUAAUAAUGAUCUUAUGAUGACCAUGCGUCCGACUAGCAUUGGAUUCUAUUCAUUCAGUCGGUCGCAGGAUAAUGAUGAAGAGGAGGAGCGUACUUGGAGAAGUCCGAAUUUUCUUACGGUGCCAACAGUGCAGGUGAAUGAUGUUCCUGUACCAGAUACACCGUUUUCUACACUUGUUCGCAAUCAUCGGCAGAGGUUGAGAUUGUCGGAGCGUUUGGACGAACUGAGGACUGUGGGUCUUUUGAGGCCUAGGUUUUUGCAUCCACUUUACAGUGGCGUUGUUAAUCCGUUUGCUUUCGAGGAUAAUUUGGACGAGGCUCAUCGUGAGCCGAUUUAUGAUAGUGAUGUGAUCCCUACGGUUACACCGAAUCAUCGGAUUCAGGUGUGGGAGUUUUCUCAGGCGAAAAUUCCAAAUAUUAGUAAUUCGCAAAAGAAUCUGGUUGUUAACGAAUGUAAAAUCCACAAUGACGCGAGCGUUGAUUACGCGUCGGAUGGCAGUAUUUUGGUAACUCUUUUACCGUCUGGAGGCUACAUGAAUGUUACAAACAGAUUAGGUGUUUACAGCCUGGAAUGGCAAACGCUGGGCCAAUGCCUCUACGUAACCAGUUUCGAACAAAACGCGGUGUCCGUUUCGCUCUCGCCGACAAACCGCCAUUUACUUGUCGGUUUAGCCUCACGGCGCGUCUCCAUCUUGCCCACGGAGACGUGGACGAUGGCGCGUAUAUUCCUACUUGACUAUCGCAAUACGACACACGGCAAUCUGGCGUCGAUUCGCGAACUCGAACAAAAUCGUGAUUCAAAUUUCAUGAGCCUGAAUUGCAUUCGAUGGUUGCCCACCGCCGGGCAGGGGCUCAUCUUUGGUACCAAUACCGGACACCUUAGAUUAUUAACAUAAGUUUUAACAAUUGAGUAAUAUAUAUAUACAAUAUGGGUACAUAUGUAUUGCUGUUUCAAGCGGUUCGUGAAACGAGAGUUCGUUCGUAGGCGUCAGUUAUGAGACUGAUUAACCGAGUUCUUUAAGACGUGCGCGAAACGAGCGUUUUGAAGCAUUUUACAAGGGCACACAAUAGUGAUUUGUUCUGAUUCAUUAAUUUUAGCUCUUUCAAUUGUUUGACGAUACCAAGUUAUUGAUUUAGGUAUUUAUGAAUAAUAUUUGAUGAUUUCUACCGUCAAUUUCUUAAGUACUUGAUCUCGGAUGCAAUGUUUAUUUUGUUUUUCGGCCCAAAGUGUAGAAUUUAAAAUGUUUUUUUUAUAUCAUUGGCUUUAAACCAGUUGAGAGUGCUCUUUAAUAUAAAUUUGUGAAACAAUCUAUAUAUAUACAAAACAAAGUCGGUUGUGUUAUGAUAUUUAUAACUGAAGUAUCGGAAAAUUCAAUAAGAAUUUGGAGAACAGAA